GCAAGCAUAUCCUUGGACGAGCCGUGAAACCCACCAGGCCACCGCCGUCGAGGCGCACGCAGCCGACCGAGCUCCAAGAAUGGCAGCCACGCCGGCGUCGCCACAGGUGCACAUCGAGUCCGUGCAGACGGGCUUGCCGACUCGCGUCGUCGAGCCCGACAGGACGCGCGUCAUAGCCGUGGCCGCGCCGCCGCUCCCGGCGACCGCGCUGCAGCGGCGCCUCCGCGCGGUCUUCUACUACCGCGGCGACGACGCGCCGCUGGAGGAAGGUAUAUUGGUAAAGGAGUCCCUGGGCGAGGUGCUGUGCUUCUUCCCGGAGAUGGCGGGCAGGCUCCGGCGGCACGCCGACGGGUCGUGGGAGGUGAAGCUGAACGACGCCGGAGUGAGGUUCCAGCAGGCGACGGUGGAGGUGACCAUGGAGGACUUCCUGGCGGACAAGGAGCGCGCGCGUAAGGAGGCCGCGCUGGCGCCGUGGGUCGACGUGAGCGCGGAGGAUCCUGACAUGUGCUCGCUCCUCUUCAUGCAGCUGAACCGGUUCCAGGGCGGUGGGUACGCCAUCGGCGUCAGCUGCACGGUGCUGCUGUCCGACCCGCUGUCGCUGGCGAGGUUCCUCCGGGCGUGGGCGCGCACGCACGCCGAGAUGAAGGAGCAGGGCAAGGUCGCCCCCACGCCCAUGAUGCAGUACAUGGCCUACUUCCAGCGCCCGGAGAUCUGCUGCAAGCGCAUCCGGUCCUUCCCCGUCCACUCCGUCGCCGCCGACGGCGUCCACGCCCAGACCGUGCUCUUCAGGGCCGCGGCCGGCGACCCCCGCGCGCUCGCGGCGGCCUGCAUCGACCGGGCGAGCGAGGAGCUCGGCGCGGACAGGCCGUCGCGCUUCACGCUCGUCGUCGCCCCCGGAGACCCCGCCCGCGGGGCGACGACCGUCGAGACGUCGGUCACGGCGGACGGCCUGAAGAAGGGCGGCGCCGGCCACGCGCUGGAAGCUGCGGAGUGGGGCGAGCUGGGGCUCGAGGAGCUGACCAUCAGGGACGUCAAGCCCGUGCAUGUGUCGUACAGGAUCGUGUCGGGCGGAGACGAAGGGCUCGUCGUCGUCAUGCCCGACGGCGAUGGUUUCCUCAUCACGGCCACUGUUCCGAAGUAGAUACGGCAAGACAAGAAAUAUUUACUGCAUGCAUAUUUGUUCCGGGGACUCAAAUAAGCCAAUGUUAGCCAUCGAUAUCCACAAAAACUAGUAUACUCUAGUUCGAACAAAUUUCUCGUAGCGAAUCCAAUUUUUUUUUGCGAAAUAUUAUUAUUUUUUAACUAGCCAAGUGGCCCUCGCAUUAUCUUAAAUGUGUCGAAACUCGAAAGUGUAUACAAAUUUCCCGCAAAAAGAAAGUGUACACAGAUUGAAUUACAAUUUGAUGGUUCUAAUCCCAUUUGAUUGAACUAUAUAUA